GUCCUGCGCCUCCUUGGAGCUGCCUUGGCCAGGGAUGCAGGGAGCGCAGCCUCGUCCUCCAGAUCACGGUGUGCAAACCGUGGUGGUAUCCCUGCCCGAAGUGAUGCAGAGAGAGGCCCUGCCUCCGGCUGAGAGCAAUUCAUGUGGAUUUGUGCGUGGCUCUACCUCUGCUGUCAGCCUUAUUUUAUGAAACAAAUAUUGUCAUUAAAAAAAAUAUACUCUUAAAGGAAGUGAAGAGCGAGUGCUGGAGGAGUUGGCUUAAAUUGCUGAUGUUCUGAUAGGUUUAUUUAGCCCUGUGCUACGCCUCUAACUCUCCUGACAGAAGUUCUAAAAAUGCAGGUUUUAAGCCCAAGAGCACUGACUCCAGCGGGCAGAGAGGCAGAAAUAGCUCAUUAGUGAGCUCACUGAGGGCAGCUGCUAUAUUUGUAAUUCCUGUAGAUGAAGAAAAAGUAGCUGAACAAAAAGGAAAAUACUGCAGAAACUGCAUUAGUCUGCCUUGUUGUUGAAGUUAAUUAAAAACCUAGACUGGGCUAAGCUUAUUUGAAAUAUGAUCCCCACAAUAAUUCUCUUUGCAGAGUAUAUUUAAUGCCGAGUUUGUCGUAACUAGUAGAAACCCAUGCUCAAAGCUAACAGAGAAACCUUCAAAAUCAGUGAUUUCUUCUACUUAGGGUAGAAGGGCUUCCCUCUCCCUGAAAUAACUGACUGGCAAAGGAGAACCAUCCCAACUGUAAAAUGAAAACCUGUUGCAUUGGCCAUGUGUGCGCUGGACCGUCAAUGAGAGGGUUGUGUGACCCACUUGAACUUCAAACUUCAGCCUUCCCCAUCAAUUGCAGGUAUUCAGGCUCCUACACAGAAAUCAGAGAUGUAAACAGAACCUACCGAAAUAUCUCAAAAUUUCAAAUGAAGUAUUCUUCAUGCAAAUUGAGCAUCAGUGUAACAGAGAAUUGCGUUUUUACUUUGGCCAGUACCUAUAUAUAUAUUAUAAUUCUUUGCAUUUAAUAACCCAAAUAUGGCUCAGGACCUAUUCUCAGCAGUAUUCCUAAACUAACAGCAGAGAGGUGGUGUAAUGGUGGCUCCCCUCAAAACCAGGGUUGGUUGCUUAGCAAGGGGAAAGGAUGAUGCUAAUGACUGAAUAACAAACAGAUCACUUGUCUAGAAUGGGAAAAAAAAAGAUAGCUAGGACAUGACAGUAAUCUAAUUCAGAAGCAGGAAAAAAAAUAAUACCCAGUUCAAAUAAAUUCAAUUUCCAAAAGAGAAGUGUUAAUGCAUAAAUCAUGCUUGAAAUAAAAAAGUUCCUAAUUUCCCAAAGUCCUUUAUGACAAUAUCCUUAAGUCACAAGUCCUCACCUGGCACAGGGGAGGGUGGCACUGGGGUGGCAGAAUAAAAGCAGUGGGGUGGCAGGUUCAGAGGGGUGAAGUGCAGCCCAUGCAGGUGGGGGACUAAGGAUGGAGCUGAGAACCAUGUCCUGUAGCUACAUCUAGAGCGAUAUUCCCCAUACAACGCCAAUUCUAUGCCAAUGGAUGUAACAUGCAACUGGCAAUUAAACUGCAGUCCCAUGGCUCUCACCUGCCUGACCUAAUACAUCCAUGAUCACAGGCUUGGCAGUUUUAAUUAAAACAGAGAUGGGGGGGAGGGGUUGUUUUUUUUUAAUGUCACUUAAUUAAACUCUUGCUGUGGUCUGUUUGUGACAAAGGUAUAUCAUGCAUGUCAGCAGGCCUAGUGCUGUGUUAAAGUAAAGACUCUUGCAACUGUAAGUUAAUGUCUGUGGCCUUGUUCUCUAUUAUUCACCUUGUGUAACAUAAAUAUUUAUUGUAUAUUUAUAUAAUUUUAUGGUUUUUUGGGACAAACUGAAAUUGGCAUUAAAAUUUAAAAGCAACUGCGUCAUAUUGUAAAUAUAAUUAAGCUAUAUUUAAGUGUACUGAUUAACAUAAUAUAUGUUUAACUAUA